CCAGCACUAAUGGAUCAGCUGAGUUUUGACAUCACUGUUCCGGACGCUAGAAUUUGUUAUUUACUUGAAAGUUUGUUUAGUUUAUUUAUUGGAAAGUCCAACGCAGGACUGCCAUGUCGCCGCCGGAUGCUUUGUGUCGCGUUUGCCACACUGCAUCGCCCCGCUGCCUGCCGCUCUUCAAGCCGCUCAGCAACCUUAUUGCCGGCAAACUGGCGACUCUGGCCAACAUUCUGAGCUACUGCAGCGGAUUGGAGAUCUUGGAGUCGGAGCUCUUCCUGCCCCACCACAUUUGCCCGGGCUGCGUGGCCAAGCUGCGCCUCUCGCUGGAGUUCAAGCGCAGUGUCCACCGCAUGGACAGAUUACUGCGGCAGAGUCAUGCGGACUUUUGCCGCAGCAAGAGGAUCCACGCGGGACAGGAUCCUAGAGACAGGCUGUCACCUGAGAUUCCAGAUGACUUUGUACUUGUGCUCGAUGAGCAGGAGGUGGCUGUGUAUGCUGCAGAAACUAUGCGAAAUGAGGCGGAUCAGCUGGUCGUCGAAUCAGAUGAGGAGGAGCCGAGUAUGCAAAAGGAGAGGCUGGAUCUUGAACUGGAACGGCAGGAGGAGUUGCCAGAGAAGGAGAACUACGAGGAGCAGAAUAGUCACACUGUUGCGGAGAUCUACUUGGAUCCCAAAGCAGGCGAGGAUUUGUACGAGGUGAUCGACGAUGCGAAGCAACGUCUAGUGGAAGCUCCAGUGAAAUGCGAACCAUUGGCCAGUAAGAGCAGGGUACGGAAAUCCAAACCCGCGCUGCAAUGUCUCAUUUGCGGCAAACAACUAAGCAGCAAGAGGAUCUUUCAGCACCACAUGACGCUGCAUAGCCCGCACCACAUACGCCAAGCAAACCAAGUCCACAGCAUGGAAGAUUCGCUCCAAGUUGAGCCCGUUGUGCAGUCCAGAGCUGGCGAAGAUCUGUACGAGAUUGUGGAGAAAGCAGAGCAACCUGUGGCCAGCAGGAGCCGCCUUUGGAAACCUCUUAAUCCCUCCCUGCAGUGCCAAAUCUGCGGCAAGCAAUUGAGCACCAACAACUCGUUCAAGUACCACAUGCAGCUACAUGGCACGGCCACGCCGUACGUUUGCAAGAUCUGCGGCGAGUCCUUCAAGACCCGAAACGCCCACGACGGCCACGUGACGCUGCACGAUCGAAACAAUCCGAAUAGGUGUCCCACCUGCUUUAAGGUCUACCGGCAGGCGUCCUCGCUGCGCACACACCUGCUAAUCCACAGCGGCAUCAAGCCAUUCGAGUGCAGCAUCUGCGGCAAGCGGCUGACCCAAAAGUCCGGCUACAAGAAGCACAUGCUCACGCACACGGGCGAGAAGCCGCAUGGCUGUGACAUAUGCGGUCGCAGUUUCCGGUACUCCAGCAACCUGAUUGCCCACAAGCGGUGCCACAGCCAGGAAAAGCCGCACCACUGCCAGGUGUGCCAGAAGCGCAGCUUUGGCAGCAGGUCCGAGCUCAACCGCCACAUGCUCGUCCACAGCAGCGAGCGCCCGUUCAGCUGUGAGCAGUGCGGCAAGUCCUUCAAGCGUCAGAUCUCCCUCGGCAUCCACCUGCAGUCGCAUUCGGCGGGAAGGCAGCGCAAGAGGGGCGACCGCCGCAAGGCGGAUGUCCUGCUGGUGCAGCAGGAUCAACCUGAAGAGACCUGAAUGCGGAGGCUCUACUGUUGCUUGUGAAUCUCUAGCCUAUCAGUUAUUAUUAUUGUUAAUGCAGUAGUUAGGUGCAUUAGUUUUAGUUCAUUUCGCUUUUAUUUUCGGUACUUUCCUUUGCAUAUAAUAACAAGUUUAAAGUGUUACUAUUGUUA